AUGGGUAAUAUAUGGUCGAAAAGCUCGCCAAGAACUUCGCAUCCACCAAAAAAACCAACUUUUGAUAUUUUAAAGAUUGACGCGGUGGAUUACGAACGUAUUCAAUGGGAACAACGAUUAUUUAAAGCAUUUUGGUAUAAAAACUUUUCGGCACCUGUUCACAAUUUAUUGAAUAGCAAUGGAACAAAAGUUCUAGAAGUUGGUCCCGGAAGUGGUAUUUGGGCAGCCGAUAUGGCAACCGACUUUCCUUUAACACAUUUCACGUGUUUCGACAGACCGUCAAACUCUGCAUGCCCGGUGAAUACUCGUAAUGUGGAAUUUGUUCGUUGGGACACAAAAGACGGCGGUUUACCGUUCGAUUCAAAUACGUUCGACUACUGUUACGCACGGUCUGCUUAUUUGUGGAUGAAUUUAUGUAAAAAGAAGAUGGCCCAUGGUGAAUAUGGAAUAAAUGAGUUAGUACGAGUUUGUAAACCUGGAGGAUGGAUCGAAUUAUUAGAAUUUAAAUUUCAAAUUUAUGAUGCAGGACCAAGAAGUUCCGAAAUAAUGAAAAAACUUCGACUAACGGUCGGAUCUUACACAGAUCUAGACAUAUCUGAUAAAGUUGAAGAACUUUUACAUGAUACUGGACGAUUAACGCCCAUUCGAUAUUAUGACAAAGUUAUGCCAUUGUAUUUUAAAGAUGGAAAAAUCGCAGAAUUAGCGGCACAAUACUUAUUACCCACCAUAAUAAAAAUGAGUGGUUUGUCUCAAGAACUGUCACCUGAAGAGUUCAAAGAAACACAUAAGCUUUUAUAUUAUGAGUGUAAUCAAUAUGAAUCAUAUAUGAAACAUAAUAUAUUUUUGGCACAAAAAAUCAGGUAG